UUGGUCUGAGUGGGAGCUGGUCGUCCUCGUCCGAGAAAUCCGAAAGAUCAGUUCUUUAAGCUGCCGUAAACUCUCGAAUUGCAAGCAAGAAAAGCAGGAAUGAGCAGACUGGCAAAGAGGGUGGCGUUGCUCUCCCGGUCGUAUUCUGCCGCCGCCGCUCCUCCUCCUCCUCCUCGUCCCUCCUCCUCCUUCUCCGGGAGAUGGCUAUCUCAUCAUCCCGUCGUUGAACCCGCCCGCCCCGAUGCGGAGAUCGGCAGGCGACGCUACUCCUCCUCCGCCGCCGGGUACCACGUCAGCCCGUCGUCGUCGAUGAAGGGGGCGGUGUUCCGGGACCCCGCCCGCCCCCUCUCCCUGGAGCUCCUCCAGAUCCCCCGCCCCGAGCCCGGGGAGGUCCUCAUCCGCACCAAGGCCUGCGGGGUCUGCCACUCCGACCUCCACGUCCUCAAGGGCGAGCUCCCCUUCGCCUCCCCCUGCGUCGUCGGCCACGAGAUCACCGGCGAGGUCGUCGACCACCACCCCCUCUCCGACCCCAAGAUCGUCCGCCGAUUCCCCGUCGGGUCAGCCGUCGUCGGGGCCUUCAUCAUGCCCUGCGGUUCCUGCUUCCACUGCUCUAAGGGUCAUGAUGAUCUGUGCGAGGAUUUCUUCGCUUAUAACCGCGCGCAGGGCACUCUUUACGACGGCAAGACUCGCCUUUUCCUGCACGGCUCCGGUGAACCCGUUUAUAUGUAUAGUAUGGGAGGGAUGGCUGAAUACUGCGUUGUGCCCGCGAAUGCAUUAGCUGUAUUACCUGGCUCGUUGCCCUACUCGGAAUCUGCCAUUCUGGGCUGUGCGGUUUUCACUGCAUAUGGUGCCAUGACCCACGCGGCUGAGGUGCGUGCUGGGGAUUCCAUUGCCGUUAUCGGUGUUGGAGGUGUUGGAUCAAGUUGUUUGCAGAUAGCUAAGGCUUUUGGUGCCUCCGAUAUUAUCGCUGUGGAUGUCAGCGAUGAAAAGUUAGAGAAAGCUAAAAAUUUUGGGGCCACCCAUACCGUGAAUGCAAUCAAAGAGGAUGCUAUUGAAAAGAUUAAGACAAUAACUGGAGGGAUGGGUGUUGAUAUUGCUGUAGAAGCCCUAGGAAAACCACAAACGUUCCUGCAGUGUGUACAAAGUGUUAAGGAUGGUGGAAAAGCCGUGAUGAUAGGACUUGCAAAAUCUGGUGCCGUGGGGGAGGUAGACAUAAAUCGACUUGUCCGCAGAAAGAUUAAAGUCAUUGGCUCAUACGGGGCAAGAACAAGGCAGGACCUUCCUAAGUUGGUCAAGUUGGCGGAAUCAGGGAUCUUCAAUCUCACCAGUGCAGUAUCAAGGAAAUACACAUUUGAAGAGGCUGCAAAAGCAUUUCAAGACCUUGACCAAGGAAAAAUCAUCAGCAGAGCAGUUGUUGAGAUAGUGUAGUCCAUCCCUUCUACACUCAGGUCUCCAUGCUUGUUACAAAUUGUGGUUUUUGCAGUUAAAUGAUCAGAGCAACUUCACUCUUCCAAAACGCACAUGAAACUUGGGUUGGCUACUGAUUCAAAUAAAAAACAAAAUCAAUGACAUGUCCCACCCUUUUUAUA